AUGGAUUUAAGAGAAGAUGAGGAGCGCAUUCGACGUUGGUUGUGUGAGUCAGACAUCGAGUCUAACCACGAUGAAGUAGAGGAACUAUCGGAAUCCGAAAACGAAGAUAAUAUGGUGGCAGAUGCCCACGUAGGAACAGAUGAAAGUGAGGAAGAAGGUUCGAUGUCAUCUGAUGAGGAGAUUUUCGUCAGCAGGCGCUCACGUAAGCGAAGAUUUGUAGGCCAGUUGGGGUUUGAGUCCAUCCAGCAUCAGCAGGAGCCGCAGGAGCCUGAGUCAUCAUUUGUGAUCCGUUACAAUAAAAUCACCUUUAUGGAAAGAGCGGUUAUAAAUGGUCUACUAGACCUCGCAAUCCACGAGCAAGAACAUCUUCUCGUAAUGUGA